AACCGUUCGUUCUGCAACACCCCUGGCGUUUCAAGAAUGACGUCGCCUCGCCGCAAUUCGAGCCCGCGCCAGUCGACGGCAAACCUCUUUAGUGCGCUGGAGGCCGUGCCCCGCAACGAGCACGGUGGUGUUCUUGUCACGCGCGACCAGAUUCGUGCGGCGUUUGACUUUCUCGACGUCGAACACCGCGGCUUGGUCACCAUGGAGAACCUCAAGACGCGUCUGAGCAUCUUUUACCCCGACAUGACAACCCGCGACUUCCGCGUCCUCCUCAACAACGCGUCAGAAGUCACCGAGGACGACUUGUGCGACCUCUUGCUGCAGAACGACGUGACCGACUACGAUCCGGUCGCUGACGCCUUCCGUGCCUACGACCCGGAAAACACGGGAUAUGUGAGCUGCCAAGUGCUCUCGCAUCUCUUUGAGCGGUUGGGGUACGGCAGCCUCAGCGACGAUGACCUCAAGGUGCUCGUCGCGACCGCUGAUGUCGACAAGGACGGGCGUCUCAACCUCUCCGACUUCCGGCACCUCCUCGCCAUGUAAUAACUGCAUCCUUUCACAUCCCGUGUUCCCUGAGUGUUACGCUUGGACGAGAGUUCGACGAAGAAGUAGAAAGGGACAAGGAUCGUCGACCACGUGGCGGCUUUUGGCGCGUUUUUGGCGGCGUAAGUGCGUCUAUUCGCACCCAACUCGUUGCCGCGCACGGUUCUCGCGCGGGCGUCUCGUGCAUCCACGACGCAUCUGUAGCACGUGGACACCCUCGACAAACAAACAGCCCGCGUGCGGUCCCUGUGCUCACUAAUGCAAUGUCUUUGGGUCGCCUUCU